GUCUCGACGUCUGAUACAACUUGUUUUGUUUUGUUUCGCUGUUCGUGAUAAUGUUUAGGUGGGCCGUUGCUGCGCACAGGUGAAGAUUUGGGGCUUGAAAGAAAUCGUCUCUAUGUCCAUCCGAUCGCGGAAAUGAAGACGUUAGUAGUCUUCAUCUGUUUCGUCGCCCAAGCGGUGACUGACGACCCGGCAGGCGUCGUCCUCAAGACAGUCGCAGCCGAAGUGACCGCUGACGUGAGCGACUCUCCGAGUUUCCGCACCAGGACUGUGCUGCCCGGCCACACGAUCACGCCAUUCCACGCGAUCAACGUUCCGUCGACGACCCGUUACCUGCUGUUUCAAGCGCACACGCAGACGCUGCCCGUGAGUUUGUCUUACUCGACGCGGAGUCCGGCACCGAGCUCGGCUAGCGACACCGGCACCAACGUCGGCCUGGCCGUUCUCUUGGAUGCGUGGGCAGUCGACGCCGUGGUCUACGUCCACAACGUGAACCAGGGCAACGUGACUGCUCUCCUCGUCGUCUCGGCGCACGGCACGUCAGAACCCCUGCCGGGAGGCUGCAACCUGGAGUUCCCGGUGGAGGUGUCCCCGUUCCUGCGGCUGUCGCUGGGCUCCGCCGACGCCACUCUGGAGUUCCAGCACGCCAGCGCGGGAGCGCCCAGGGAGGCCCCGCCCCCGCAGUGCGACGGGGGCCUGUCCUCCUUCCGCUACGACCCGUACCUGUACUACCUAGACCAGUGGGACUUCUCCGAGAGCCACUACUUCGACGCGCUGUCCCGCAUGCUGGACCCCGCGUCCAUCAGGAGCAACGCCCAUGCGGUACGUGCGUACCGGGACAACCCCAAGACACGGGCGCUGUUCCUGACCUACCCCGGCGAGGGCACCAUCUACAACGUCAUCGUGAGACAGACGACGCGGGAAGGCCAGGUGUUCGAGGCCGCCUACGUUCCCGUGGCAACCUACGGCUGCCUGUGGUUUUCACGAGUGGAAGCCUGCAACCAACGCGGAGGUCCCUGGGCUCUUUUUAUGUCUCUGCUCUUGAGCCUUGCAGGGCUCAUCAUUUGCUUCAGGGGUCACCGGUACUUUCCUUUUCAAAUGUUUUUCUUCGGGUUCCUCGCUCUCUCGCUGAUCAGCUUCAUGCUCUUCACAAAAGUCACGAGAAUGUCAGCAAAUGAAGGAGUUCUGGCUGCCCUACUUGGUGGUGUGCUAGGUGGCAUCUUUUGGAUGCUCCUGUGGUACUUCCUGGCCAUCCCAGUGCUGUCCAUAGUUGUGCCAGGUCUCCUCUUGGGCUUCCUGAUAGCAGCAAUAUUUCUCUUCACACCCGUUGGUGAAGCAGCUUUCCUGCAAAAUAGCAUCAGCUACUGGAUCUUCCUGGGCUGCUUCACCUUGGUGCCACUGCUGCUUCUGCUACCACAGACCAAAAUGCUAAGCAUACUGUCUUGUUCGUUGGUGGGAAGCUACUGCGCCAUCCUAGCCGCAGAUGUGUACCUAGGCACGUCUCUGUCUUACAUUAUCCUCAACGUGAUUCGACGGUCACUGGUUCCCGGUGGUUACAGUGCCAGCAACCAGGUGCCCUUCCAGAUGAAUGACGUCCUGCUGUCCUUGAUUUGGGCCGGCCUCUGCAUUGCGGGAGUGGUGCUGCAGACUUGGAGCGAAAGGGGCAGGGCCCCGUUCCCUCAGUCCCCAUACCAGAAGUGGCUCCGAGAACGCAGCGACGCCGGGCGGCCGCUUCUGCGUACCGGCCCCGCGCCACCACCUUACUACGGCGCCGUCGGCGACACUGCCUCUCCUCGCGAGCCGCCUCCCCGCUACGGCGCACUCUGACCCCCACCACAGCCUCCCGACCUGUCCUUUCGGAAACGGCGCUGCUCUGAACAAAGUUUUCAGAACAAAGAGCCACGUCUCUGGCAUGCUCCAAGUAGGGUGCCUUCAUGUCCCGCUUCGAACAUGAAGGCACUCUAGCUCCAAGCAGCCAGAUGCGGAAGAAAACAUGUCAGUGGUGGACUGGUCGUUGACCCCUGAAACGAGAAAUCGCGCAAUGCGGGAUCCUUCGCUGUAAAUGUUUGUUGUGUGGGAGAAGUGGAACUAUACUAGUCAUGGUGGGACCCUGUUACCCUGUGAGCAAAGCAAGUAGUGCGGGAUGUGUUUUGUACGCCGGUUGCUGCGAACUGUAUGACGCGUGGGAGCGGCAUCCAAAGACGAUUGUCGUGCCACUGCGACCGAAGGUUGUUUUUUUAGCCGCCUUGAAAGAUAGAUUGGGUUGCCGUUUUCGGCGAGUUGGAAGGGACACAUAUUUGAAGAGAAGUUUAUUUUCUGUUCUUUUUCUCGAAGUGAGCCAAAUUUAGACACCAAAGCUAAACCAAUUUUGACUGAAAUUUGAGGAUUAUCUUGGGAUCCAUCGUUUCCCAAAGGUAAUAAUCUGAAAUCGCUCAGAUUCGAGAAAAAAAAAAAAAAACAAUGUAAAGGUGGCCACAGUACAGGGCUCAAAGCUAGUUCGAUAAGCACACAUUCCUGUUUAUCUCAGUUUUGCUUGACAUAAACUUGGCUCAUUUAAAAAAAAAAAUAAAAAAAAUUUUUAGCAGAUUUUUACACUUUGUCGAACGAUUCAAAAUGAAGCUGCCGCUUUCACAAUUCCUCUUUAUUCUUUCCUCCCAUCUCGGCCACGAUUCUUUGGGAUGAGCUAUUAAAAGUAUGCUUCCUCGUCUCUGUCAA